AUGGCAAAGUUAGUACAUAAUGUGCAAAAGAAGCAGCAUCGGGAGCGUUCGCAAGUAGCGGCACGCUCCAGGUUCGGGUUCUUGGAGAAGCACAAAGACUACGUGAAGAGAGCGCAAAACUUCCAUCAAAAACAGGCCACUCUCAAGAUACUGCGGGAAAAAGCCCAACAGCGGAAUCCUGACGAAUUCUACCAUGGCAUGCACUCCAGAAGCUUGGAUGGUAAGGGAAUGCUGCAAAAAUCAAGACUGGCCAAAGAUGAAGAUUCUAGUUUAUCCACAGAACAAGUGAAGCUGUUGAAAUCGCAGGAUGCAAAUUACGUCCGCACGCUGCGCCAGAAUGAACGCCAACUCUUGGAGAGACAAACGCAGAAUACGAUGUUCAAAUCCAAGGGUGCUCACACCGUCUUCGUCGACGAUCAAGAUGAGCUUCGGUCGUUUGACCCGGCGGAAUACUUUCAAACUACUCAGGACAUGCUGGGCAGGCGCGAAAACCGUCUGACUCGUGACCAGCUGUCUAGCCAGGCUCUACAAGCAGGUGUCAAACAACUGGGUCUCGAUUCCGAGACCUUGGAACGCAAAAAACUAAAAAAACUACGACAGCUCCAGCAGCAUCAGGAUCGCGAAAAGCAGCUUUCAGGCGUUCUACAGCGUAUGGAGAUGGAGCGCGAGGGUAUGAAGAAGGGCUCUAAGAAAAAGAUCCAGGAUACUAAUGGGAAUGUGGCGUUCAAGUGGAAGAAGCAGCGCAAGAGAUAA